CGAGCAGACGUUGGGUCACCUGUCCAGGAAGUGAGCGGAAACACAGAGACGUGGACUUUGAAGAGACGCCGGUCCUCCCUGAAGGUGUAGUGGACGCAGAAGCUCCGUCCGGCACCAUGUCGUCCGUCACCUUCACCCUCGACAGUGACUACUUUGAGAACGACACCGACCUCCCUGACCUGAACACGCAGCCGUGUUUGCUGGUGUCUCUGGGACCGGCGGUGAGUCUGGUGCUCAGCGUCCUCCUCGUGGCCACCUCCGCCCUGGCGAUCCCCGGGAACCUGCUGGUGGGGUGGGUGAUCGGCACCAACCAGCGGGCUCUGACGCCGUCGGACGUGUACUUGUUCCACCUGACGGCGGCCGACGGGCUGCUGGCUCUGACGCUGCCCUUCUUCGCCGUGGCCUUCGUCCGCGGAUGGAUAUUCGGGGACUUCCUGUGCAAGUUCCUGAACCUCAUCAUGGAGGCCAACUUCUACACCAGCAUCAUCUUCCUGGCGUGCAUUAGCGUCGACCGUUACCUCGCCAUCGUGCACACCAGGGGGUUGCAGCAGAGCCGGCGCGGGUCGUGCAGCCGGCUGCUGUGUGCAGUGGUCUGGGCGGUGGGCUGGGCCCUCGCCCUGCCGGCUCUGUUCAACGCCACCAUCGCCGUCACGCUCAAAGAUGGGUCUGAGACGUGGCUUUGCACCGAGAGCUUCCACGUCGGCCGCCCCACGGCGUGGAGGCUCGCCACACGCGUACUCCGGCACGUCUUUGGCUUUGUGCUCCCACUGGUCGUCAUGGUCGCCUGCUACGGCGUCACCGUCGCCAAGCUGCUGCACACUCGCGGUUUCCAGAAGCACCGGGCCAUGAGGGUGAUCAUGGCGGUGGUGGUCGCCUUCCUCCUGUGCUGGACGCCCUACCACAUCACUCUGAUGGUGGACACUUUGCUGAGGGCGGAGCUGAUGGCGCCAGGCUGCGGCGUGAGGGGCGCGGUGAACGUGGCCCUAGGCGUAACCAACAGUCUGGCUCUGCUGCACAGCUGCAUCAACCCUUUCCUCUACGCUUUCGUGGGGAGGAAGUUCAGGACCAAAAUGAAUCUUCUCCUCCAGAGGAAGUUCAGACGUGACAAGAUGUCUGCGUCGAGGGUCAGCAGGUCAACCUCCCAGACUUCAGAGGGAGCUGGAACGGUUCUCUGAGAAACCCCAUUCCAGUUCGAACUGAUUUUCAACGAUAAGUAGGAAUCAGUUUAAGUAAUCAUUUCAUGAUCUUCAUUUCCUUUUUUUGUUCCAAGCUGCCUUUUUUCUGCUUGGGGAGCUCUGCUGCCAUCUGCUGGGUGCGCUGCGGUACUGCAGCAGUUAACCCUUUGCAUGCCAGUCACAUCCACUUUUUAAAACCUGUUGGGAGUUUUGUUUCCAUUGCUUUUAUACUUUCUGUGAAAAAAACUGUGUUUGUUUUGUCUAUGAAUGUAUAUGUCUGUUAAUUUUUUUUACCGUAAAAUGCAGAGAAAUGUUCAUGUA